AUGGAUCCUUGUUCACGGCGCGCGGACGAGUCGGCCUCGAUACGGCGCAGUGAGGAUGCUUUGGGUUCGGUCAAGGGACAGGCCGUUGCCGUCUACUUUAGCUCCCCGCGGCCUGCCCCCUCCCCUUUCACCCCCUCCCCCGUCCUGCAACUCUGA